AUAUUGUCAUUAAAAUUUUGUACGAAACCUUCUCUUUAGAUAUAGGUCGUGAAAUAGAGUAACUGUCACACGAUCACAGGAUGAAUCGAAUUUUAUAGAAUAUGCAGUAUUCAUUUAUUUUACAGUAAGCUUGUAAAUGUAAUUAUUAUAACCUCACGUCUGUCAUUCAAAUUUCGUCAAAAUGAUGCAACAAUAUAUGAAGGAAUUGGAGCAGGAUCCAUUUGAUCCUGAAGAAUUUGUUGAAAGACUAGCUUGGAGAACAGUUAAUGACACUAUAAAGGACAGUGGAAAAACAUUUUUUGAUCCUAUGAUAGUACAUGAAACAUUUUUGCAAGCAAUAAAGGACUUGCAGAUUUUGCAGGAACGUCAGCAGAAAAAGUGUGAUAAACUUGAAAUAGCAUUAAAGGAUGAAGAAGCAAGACAUAUGCUUGAAAUACUUGAAUUACAAGAAAGAAAUAAACAUUCUAUUGAUUUAUUUCAUCAAUUAGAUGAAAGAAUUAACCUUGUAGCUACUAAAGUCUUGCAUUUAGGAGACCAAUUAGAAAGUGUUAAUACACCUCGAGCCAGAGCUGUCGAAGCUCAAAAGUUAAUGAGACAUUUUUCAGAUUUUUUAAGUCCUGGCCCUUUGACGGAUCCAAUUUUUACUGACAAAUCAUCGCUGGAUGAAGCAGCAGAUGUGAUACAAAAACUUCAUCUAAUUUCACAAGAAUUGCCUUCCGAUAAGUUUGAACAUGCAAAGAAAAAGAUUGCUGUCAAAUAUGAUGAAAUUGAAAGAAAUCUUAUAGAAGAGUUUGUUAGAGCGCACAACAGAGAAGAUGCUAAUCGUAUGAGGGAAUUGGCAUCAGUUUUGGCUCAUUUUAAAGGAUAUUCUCAAUGUAUUGAUGCAUUUAUAGAACAAAGUCAAAUGGGUUCAUUUGGUGGGAAAGAUGUUUUUCAAGAUGUGAUACCAAUGUGUACAAAAUAUCAUAAAUUGAUGCAACAAGUAUUUACAAAUCCUGAACAAGUAAUGGCGAAGUUUGUGUUAAACAUUUACCAUUUAAGACUUCAAAAGUAUGCAGUUGCUAAAUUAGCUGACAAAAGUGAUCCUGAGAAAUAUCUGAAAAAUUUACAUGAUCUGUAUACAAGAACUGUAAAACUAUCUAUAGAAUUAAAAAUGUUUAAUAUGGGUACCGAUGAUACUUACCUAUCAAAACUUACCAGGAACAUAUUUCAGAAAUAUUUGGAUACUUACAUUAUUAUUGAAACAAAAUCAUUAAAGGAAAAGUCAGCAGCUCUUCUUAUUGAGUAUUAUGAAUCUAAAAAUCACCAAAAAAAACAGCUUCAAACUGGUGGUUUCCAAGAAUUAAGAAGAGAUUUGCAAGCGGUUUUAGGUGCAAGGACUAACAUAAAUAUUGCACAAAUAGAAAAUUAUGGUGGAGAAACUUUUUUAUCAGAAGAACUUGCAAUCGCUUUAUUACAGAGAAGUAAAAUGGCAUUUCAGAGAUGUCAGUUAUUAUUGAAACCUGAAGAAAUACCAAUAAAUGCACUCCAAAUUUUGGAAAUAUUAUUACAAUAUUUGCUAAGUGAACAUGUUGACUAUGCAUUGGAAUUAGGCUUACAAAGUGUACCAAUUCCCGAAAGUAGGACUCAACCUGAGAUCCACUUCUUUAAUGUUGUACGUCAAUGUAAUGCAAUUGUGCGUCUUUUAGAAGAACAGUUUAACGACAGCCUCAUACCACUUGUUAUAUCAACAUCAAAACACGGAGAUUGUAUGUUAAAGAAAAAAAUUGUAUUAGAUCAAAUUGAUAUGAAACUUGAAACAGGAUUAGAUAGAAGUAUAAAUGCUAUUGUUGGCUGGGUGAAAGUGUACUUACAAAAUGAACAACGUAAGACUGACUUUAAGCCUGAAACUGAUGUUGAUACUUUGAAUACUCCAGCUUGUUUAACAGUAGUACAAUAUGUUACUGGAAUGAUUCGGCAUAUUCGGAACACUUUAGAUGGGAAAAAUUUAAUUAAUGUACGAACUGAACUUGGAGUUAGAUUUCAUAAAGUUAUUUAUGAUCAUCUACAACAAUUUCAAUUCAACUCUGCUGGUGCAAUGUGUGCCAUAUGCGACAUGAAUGAGUAUCGUAAAUGUGUUAAAGAACUUGAAGUUGAUAUAGUUACUAGCCUGUUUGAUACAUUACAUGCUUUAUGUAAUUUAUUAUUAGUUAAACCAGAAAACUUGAAACAAGUUUGCACAGGCGAUCAACUGGCAACAUUAGACCGGAAUGUUUUGGUGAAUUUCAUACAAUUAAGAAGUGACUAUAAAACACAAAAGUUAGCAAACUGUUUGAAAGGUUUAGCUACAUGAUAUCUUUUCAUCCCCUAUAAAGAUACUUGUGGGCUACUAAUUUUUAGUUAUACGUUAUAUAGGGUAACAAAAAUUAAAAGCACUCCUUUACAGUACUAUUAUGCAAAAUAAAGCAUAAUAAAUGAGAAUGUUA